AUGGGACGUCCAAAAGUACAAAAGAAAUUUGCUGAAAUGAAACGUAUGAUUAAAUUGUCUGAUGAACGUUUGAAAGCUAAAGAUCGUCAAAAACCUAAAAAUCAUUUGGCAAAAUUGGAAAAGAAAAACUUGGGUGAAAUUAAUGAAAAACAAGUAACACCCGUUACAUCAGCAUUAUUCUUUCGUUAUAAUACACAAUUAGGACCACCGUACAAAAUAUUGAUCGAUACAAAUUUUAUCAAUUUUUCUAUCAAAGUUAAACUUGAUAUAAUUCAAUCGAUGAUGGAUUGUUUGUAUGCAAAAUGUACACCAUACAUUACAGAUUGCGUCAUGGGUGAAUUAGAAAAAUUAGGUUCAAAAUAUCGUGUUGCAUUAAGAAUUGCCAAAGAUGAACGUUUUGAACGUCUACCAUGUUUACAUAAAGGCACAUAUGCCGAUGAUUGCCUUGUACAACGAGUAACACAACAUAAAUGUUAUAUUAUUGCCACAUGUGAUAAAGACUUAAAACGUCGAAUACGUAAAAUACCGGGUGUUCCAAUUAUGUAUUUGUCUGGACAUCGAUAUACCAUAGAACGUAUGCCUGAUGCAUAUGGCGCGCCAAGAACAUAA